ACGACACAUCCAGCUAAUCUCACCAAGUUUAUUAAUCUCGAACGUUUAAAAUUAUUUUCAAUAAAAACACUCAUUCAACAAUCAAUAAUGUUGGUGUUAAUUAGCAUCUUUUUGAUAUGCCUGUGGCUGCUGAGUAUUUCGAAACCGAAAUGUUUCCCGCCAGGUCCACCGUGGAAACCGUUCGUCGGCUCUCGGCCGGAUUUCCAAAGGGCGAUGGAGAAGACCGGCUACCAACACGCCGCCUUCUCGCUGCUGGCGAGCGAGUGGAAGACGAACGUUCUGGGACUGAAACUCGGAAAUGAGAUGGUCGUGUCGGUCGAGGACUUUCCCACGAUUGAGAUGGUCCUCAACAGCAGGGAUUACGACCAGAGGCCGACGAACUUUUUCUUCAAGUUGCGCAACUUUGGUACAAGUAAAGGAAUUACCUGCGCCCAUGGCGAGCUCUGGAGCAAUCAAAGGAAAUUCCUUUCGCGCUACCUCAACGUGAUCACCACCAAGGAGCUCGAUCUCAACAUAAACAGAGAGGUGCAAAAUUUGUUCCAGGAGCUAGAGUCUUCCAAAUCCGUCAACAUUAUGGAUCUGUUACGGUAUACCGUCUUCAACAUCCUAUGGUCGAUUGUCGCCGGUAAGCGGGUCUGUUCGAAGGUCUUCGAGAAGAACCAGCUGAUGGGGAUUAUGGCGAGAAGAACCAAAGCGUUUGAUAUGGCCGGCGGUAUCUUGUCGCAGUACCCUUGGCUGCGCUUUUUCAUUCCGGAGCGAAGCGGAUACUCGCUGAUUAAAAACUUGAAUAGGGAGAUGAAGGCGUUUCUCGUCGAGACCAUCGAUGACCAUCGACGGACGUGGGUGAAAGGGAGCGAGUCCGACUUCAUCCACAGCUACAUCAGCAAAAUGAAGGAGGAGCACGAUGAGCAUUUCACAGACGAGCAGCUCUUCUUCGUCUGCUUAGACCUGUUCAUCGGAGGGUUUUCCACAACGGCCCUGACGCUAGGAUUCAUCUUUCUCACAAUGGUCCGCCACCAAGACGUUCAGAGCAAAAUCCAAAAGAUGCUCGACCAACACUUUGAGGAUGGCCACCAGUGGGAGUACCAAGACCGAUAUAAAGUCCCAUACGUCGAAGCGGUCAUCAAAGAGAUCCAGAGGCACAAAAGCAUCUCGCCCAUCUUCGGGCCGCGAGCCACCGCUCGGGAUACGCAGCUUAACGGCUACACGAUCCCCAAGGGCACGACGGUCCUGUUAAACAUGCAACCGACGUGGAUGAGCGAGGAGAUCUGGGGAGAUCCGGAGGAGUUUCGGCCCGAACGUUUCCUGGACGAGCGCGGGCAAAUGGCGAACGGUUCGAAGUUCGUGCCGUUCGGCAUAGGUCGGAGGAAGUGCCCCGCCGAUUCUUUCGCGCAGCGAUCCCUGUUCGUGAUCGUCACGAAGCUGUUGAAGCAGUACAGAGUGCUGCCGGUCGAUGAGGAUAACCCACCGUCAAUGAAACCUAUACCGGGAAUGCUGCUCUCGCCCACUCAGUAUUUGUGCAGGUUUGAGAGGAGAACUAAGUAAUGUGAUUCUUCCAGAAGUAGGAUGGGUAGGCUUUUAGAUAUAAGAUACGCUAAUGUUAAUUUUUUUAUAUAUUGAAGUUAAAUACAGAGCUUUUUUUUGAAGUAGGUAUUCCGAAAAACCA